GGGGACGCCAGGUGAGGGGAGCUGCGUGAAGCCGGCGAGCGCUUCGGGCCAUGCAUUCCCACUGAAAAUAAUCAUCUGUGCUUGCAAGAAGUGCCGUGUGCUGGAUCCUGCGGGAUUUUUUUUCCCCUCCCUCCUUCAGCCCGCCCCGCCAUCCCUCUCUUCUGCCAGGCGUGCCGGCGCUGUUCUUCAUUUCUGGGAAACCAUGGACAAGAAGCAAGAUUCCAAAGGAUCCUUGGAGCCGCACAAACCGGUGAAAAGCAAGAAGACACGGGAACUGAGGAUAACAUGUAUCCCCAUCAAACAGCCCGUUGCCAACACAACGCCCCCGAGGAACUUGGACUCCAGAGCGUUCAUUACCAUCGGAGAUAAAAACUUCGAGGUGGAAGCUGAUGACCUGGUGGCAAUUUCGGAGCUGGGCCGUGGGGCCUACGGCGUGGUGGAGAAAGUCCAGCAUGCGCAGAGCGGCACCAUCAUGGCUGUGAAGAGGAUUCGAGCGACUGUGAACACUCAGGAGCAGAAGAGGUUAUUGAUGGACUUGGACAUCUCCAUGAGGACAGUUGACUGCUUCUACACUGUUACCUUCUAUGGAGCCCUCUUCCGCGAGGGCGAUGUGUGGAUCUGCAUGGAGCUAAUGGACACCUCCCUAGAUAAAUUCUACAAGAAAGUGCUGGAGAAGAAGAAAACCAUCCCCGAAGACAUUCUGGGGAAAAUGGCCGUGUCUAUUGUACGAGCUCUGGAGCAUCUGCACAGUAAACUGUCUGUAAUCCAUAGAGACGUGAAACCUUCCAAUGUGCUGAUCAACAAGGAAGGACAUGUGAAAAUGUGCGAUUUUGGGAUCAGCGGCUACUUGGUGGACUCGGUUGCGAAGACCAUGGAUGCCGGCUGCAAACCGUACAUGGCUCCGGAAAGAAUAAACCCUGAGCUGAACCAGAAGGGCUACAACGUGAAGUCGGACGUCUGGAGUCUGGGGAUCACAAUGAUCGAACUGGCCAUUCUUCGCUUCCCGUACGAGUCCUGGGGGACCCCCUUCCAGCAGCUCAAGCAAGUGGUGGAGGAGCCUUCGCCCCAGCUGCCCGCCGAUCGCUUCUCCAAGGAGUUUGUGGACUUUACGGCGCAGUGCUUAAGGAAGAACCCCGCUGAGCGAAUGAACUAUUUAGAACUUAUGGAACACCCUUUCUUUACCUUGCACGACACCAAAGAGACUGACAUGGCCUCCUUCGUGACAGAGAUCCUCGGGGAGGACUCCUAACUCAAACCUCACAGCUUCGUGCAGUCCCCUCCACCCCGGCUUCCCCGCAGAAGGGCGAAUGAGGACUCGAGUUAACGGUGGUUUGCACAAAUCGCACUUCCCCAACCCGUGGGCAUCUCUGGCCCCAUCCGGCCUCACAAUCUCUUUUCUCUUUGCCCUGUAAAUGAAAUCCCCCCAGGAUGAGCCUUUUGAAGCUAACACCUUUCCAACUAAGCCACAAAGAACCGAAGGCUCGGGAGUUCCCUGCUGACGCCAGUGUAUCCCUCCUGGGAGAGGACUGUGCCUGUGGCGCCUGAGCCGGGGCAGAGGGUGCCAGAGGGCAUCUCCCCUCCCCAGCAGCCUGGUGCACAGCGCAGGGGGUUUGUGUUUCUUUGCUGCUUGGGAAAAGCAGAGAGAAAAACUGCUGCUGCGCCUGCCCAACUCUUCUCCCCUGCCUGCCUAAAGCCCCUUCCCUGGCGUCUGGUCUCGCUCGCCUUCCCUUUGUGCCUGGCUCUCUGCCCCCAGGAGCCUACGCAGCUUUUUGGGGGGCUGUGGGGCUCCCUGGGCAUGCCGCUGUUCACACCAGAGGCUGUUUUAAUGCCUGGCUCGACAUCGUAGUGACCCUUCGAGGCAGCACCAGACCGGGUGUCCCCCUCCCUCAAUCGAUACGCCACUCCCUUGGAGGGAGCGGAGGGGGGAAGCAUUUUGCGAUGAGCUCACCUUGACGCAAGCUGCGACCCACGCUCUCCCCACGCCUGCCCAUGGGACUUCAUCCAGCACCCAGUGCUCCCUUCCUCACAUGGGCACAAGGUGAUGGAGAGACAAGCAGGUCCCCGGGCGCUGCCUCUCUCCCCUCCAGCCCUGGGCUGGGAGGAUGCAUCCCCCCUCCGGGCAUCUAAUGCCUUUCGCCGCCCCUGCCUCUGCCUUCCCUGGCUCCUGGAGAAGACUCCAUUUCCCUCUCCUUUCCAACCUGGAGCUCACGUAAGACCUCGCACUGUGACACCCGCUCGUUUUGGAGGCCGUACUUGCACCCCUCGUGUCCCGAACUGCCUUCGAACCCUCCAGCUGCCCGCCGAGGUGUCAGCCGAGAUCGAAACCCCAGUGACUCGCACGGGGGCUGCCAACAGUUGUACAUUUUAUGUCUAUAUAUAAUGGACUUUGUAACAUGUUUCCUAGUUUUAAUCUAACUUGCUAUAAAUUAAAGCCCUUCUGUGUGGGAGGAGGGAGGAGCAGUUCCUUCUCCGCUAACAAAUCCACUGUGAAAACCUGAUGUGUUUCCCCACUCUCACAGCCUGAGCACUCUGCAAGGAGCUACGGGAGCAAAAGGGAUUUCUGUCUUCUACUGUACGUGAUCACGGGAUAAACGCACCGGCUGUGGAUUUUGUUGUUUUUUUAAUAGAUUGAGUUUUCAGAGGGAUUUUUUUUCUUUUCUAAUAUAUAUUUGUGUAUGUGUGCGAGCUAUAUAUAUAUUAUAUAUUUUUAAAUCAAUGAUGAAUGUGUGAAUGUCUAUGUGGCCAGCAGAUUUGGUGAAUUGGCUAGCAUUUUUCUGGCUAAACUUGGGGUGGUGGGGAAGGGGUCACUAGAAGAUGACACCCUGGCCUAAGACUUUUUUUAAAAAAAAAAAAAGCAUCUAUUUUUCAACUGAAUCUUUUAAAAAUGUUUUCCCUGAAAUUCAUGCCCUGGACGUCUGGAUUUCAGGGUGCAUUUCCAGCGUUCAGGGUCCCCCACCCAAUGAAGAGUGAUGUCCCCUUAAAUUCAUUGCUCCCCACUCCUGCAGCCUGGGGUUUGAAGCGGCGCUGGGGACCCUCUGCCCGGGAACAGGGCUGCUCCAGGGCUGCUUGACACCAUCUAUUCCUGUGAGCCGCUCCUGGGGGAAGCGCUUUUCCCCCUGUCACCACUCUGAUCCCCUUCCCCGAGUCAACGAACCCCAAGAAAAUCAGCCCAGGCCCAGCUGGACAAACCCUUCGGUUUGACUCUGCCCCCCCACCUCUUAUAAAAUAAAGUGAUUGAUGUUCUCCACGUCUCCCUCCUCGAUCCUGCUCUGCAAACCACCCGACGCUCUCCGGGAGCACCCUUACCCCCUUGGUUUGACAGCCCUGCAGCUGAGAUGUACAAUUGUAUUUUUUUUUUUUUCCCCAUAGUUGGUUACUUCGGAUUGGUUUUUGUUUUGAUGUUGAGCUUCUGUUUUUUCCCUUCUCUCCUUGGUUCGACCCCUUUCCCCUUCCUUUAUCUCACCCUUUUUUGGUGCUUUGGGGAAUGGUGAUUUUUUUUUUUUUUUUUCAUGUUUGGUUGGGUUUUUCUUGCAGCAUUUCUCCUCCUGGAGAAAGUCCCCAUUCCUGUAUUUUGGGGAAAGGGAGCAUCUGCCCUUUCAAACACUGAGGAGAUGCCCCUGGGGUGGGCUUGGGCCCCUGUGGAUGAAGCAAGGCUUUGCUGAAGAGGCAAACACAACACCUCCGUGUGCCGUCUGCUCUGCUUCAUUCGACGUGGGUCUUGCCUGUCCCUCUUCACAUCCGAGGCUUUCCUGUCCUGCUGCGUCCCCUCUGCCAUGGCAGGGGGGAACGGCAGCCCUGGGGGGAACCAGCUUGGCUUUAAGGUGAACGAGGAUUUUGACACGUAUUGGUAGCCCCUCUAGCCUUGUAUUUUUGAGAGUGGUCUGUACCCAUUAAACCCAGUCAUUCUUUUCAAUAAAAUUCAUUCUUUUCAAUAGAAUUCACCCUCAAACCUG